GUUUACAAAAGCACAAAAGGAAUGAGGACAAUCAACUACAGAAAAAUCACUACACCUAAGUAAUGCAUUUAUGAACUUCAAAGAGAUUCUAUAGCUAAAAAGAGUAGCCCUAGGCAGGCUACAAAAGAUUGUGAUCGAUUCCUCCACUGUGACAAUAAAGCCGGCAAGAACAUGAACAUUUCCGGAGACAUUAGCCGGCGAGUAACAAAAACCUCCCGGAGACAUUAGCCGGCGAGUAACAGAAAACUCCCGGAGACAAAGACUAAACAAGGUAAACAAAGGGGAAAACCCAAACAAAUAAACUAACAACAUCCAUUAAUACUUCCCGGAUCAGCAUCUAGAUAUCCAAAAAAAGAUUUAACAAAACUUAAACCUAGCAAAUUAAAACAAAUUUGAGACUUACAAAAACACACAAACGGAUUAUAAUACAAGAAUCUCCUUUACCACAAGAUAAAACCGAAUGAAAGUGCCGUGCGAUCCACUUUAUACUGCUCCAAGGAGCCACGGAGGCAGUGAGACACAUCCAAAGCCUAGAGACACAAAGAAUGUCUCUUGAAGAAAGGAAGAAGAUCUAGAUCUACGAUGGUGAAAAAUCUUCAUCUGAGGCAGUGAAGAACCGGUUGAAGACUGCCUCUGCCAAGAAGGAUACGACCAGAACUGGUGCUAAGAAUGGCGGAGACAAAAGAUCCAAACAUCAAGAACCCAAGGAUGAGGAGAUUAAGCUUUAAAAAUCUAGAUCUAGAAAACUAGAAUUGAUUCCGUUGGAAGAAAAAUCAUAGAUGUGCCAAAGGAAAGAGAUAAAACAAAGAAAGAGAAAGAGUUUCACCGGCUCCGGUGCUGUGGAAGCCACCGAAACCGGAAAAACCUAGGCGGCAGCUCCUUUUGUUUUUAGAGAGAAGGGAGAGGAUUUUUAGGUCUAGAGAGAUAAUGGGCCUUUUGAUAAUAAUACUCAUUUAAAAAGUGACUUUAGAUCCCUUGUUUUUUGUAGU